UGAAGUCAUGAACAAAAACUGAAGGCUAUCACAUGACGAAACCAAACGAGUCUGAGGGUAGAAGAGUUUUGCUACACGGAUGAAUUGUAUUUUCUCCUUAUGAACGUGUGUGCGGGACGCAGAGAACAAGCUGGACGCUGGACCGACGGUGAAGAGGUUCGAGCGCUUGCCAGUCCUCGGGUUUUAUUGGGCUGUUCAGAUCGUAAACGCGGCUAGUAGAAGUGUCGUGGGGCUGCUGCCACUUUAUUUCCGCAGUUUUUUCCUUGCAUUGGGAAAAACAUUGCAAAGGUUACCAUGCGUGCUCAGAAGAAGAAAGUACUGGUGGGACUUGUGAUAUCAUUAAUACUGGUAGCUCUUCUCUUUCGCCAAUGGACUCCGAGAGGUUCAGCUGUGGGUGACAUACAAAAUGUUAUAGUGUCCAUCAAGGAGAAACUCCUUAAGACUAGCCUUCAGAACCUGAACAGCUAUAACGGCAGUAUUCCUUAUCACCUCAAGCAGACUGGAGCAGGAUCUACUGCCAAAAAUGGAUGUGUGUGUGAAGGUGACGCAUGGCAUGUUGAUGUGCCUUUUGGGAACCUACUGUUUUCUGGAGUAGCUGCUCAAAAUUUGGGCUCUGCCAAUGGCGCCUCUGAGCCUGAUAUGAGCCAGCGGCGGGAACAGGAGUUCCAGAGCUUCCUCAGGAGGUCUCGCUCAGCAGCAGACAUCCUUAUAGUGGCAGAAGCCAACAGCCCUCUACAGUACCCUACCCAGGGUGUGGAAGUCCCACCUAAAAAGUCUGUCCUGAUCCCUGGAUUGGGCCUAAGACAAAAGGCUAGAAGACUUUAUUCAGUGAAUUUAACAGCUAGCAUGGGGACCUUUGAUGUUGUGGCUACGGUGAAGGAAGUUGUGGUGCGUGGGGAAGGAGAAAUGCACCUUAACGUCUCUAGCAGACUGUUGUCUGCGCUAAAUCGGCAGCUGCAGUUUGUCACCUACACUAAUGAACUCUUCCACCCCAACACUGCAGACGUGGUCCAAUUUGGGACUGUUGGCUUCCAGGCAGCUUUCACCAUUAAAAUCCGACAUCAGAUCAGGCCUAAGCUGUAUGAUCCCGGACCCAGAGGAGAGUACAACAUUAGUGCCCUUGUCACUAUUGCUACAAAGACAUUUCUGCGUUACGACAAGCUUCAGGAUUUGAUUAGCAGCAUUCGACAGUUUUACCCCACAGUCACCAUUGUUAUAGCUGACGACAGCGAGCACCCUGAGCCUGUAACCGGGUCCCACAUAGAACAUUACAUCAUGCCGUUUGGAAAGGGCUGGUUUGCUGGUCGAAAUCUCGCGGUCUCUCAGGUCGGCACGAAGUAUUUGCUAUGGGUGGACGAUGACUUCAUCUUCACCUCCAACACGAAGCUGGAGAAGAUGGUGGAUGUUUUGGAGAGAACCACGUUAGACCUGGUGGGCGGGGCAGUGAGGGAGGUGACAGGCUACACUACCACCUAUCGACACACCAUCUCCACAGAAGACGGUGGAGAAGAAGGAGACUGCUUGCACAUGAGGAAGGGUUUCCAUCAUGUUCUCGAGGGCUUUCCCAACUGUGUUGUUGUGGACGCGUGCAUUAACUUCUUCAUGGCUCACACUGACAAGGUGCGACAAGUAGGCUUCGACCCUCGCCUGAAACGGGUUGGCCACCUAGAAUUUUUUGUUGACGGUCUUGGCUCUCUCCACGUGGGCUCCUGUGAUGACAUUGUGAUCAAUCAUGCCUCGAAGAUAAAAGGGAUGUUGCCAUUUGGACAGUCCAGCAGUGAUAAAGCCUAUUCCAAGUUUCGCUACCAUGACAAGUCAAACAUCCAAAAUACUCUGUAUUACUUCAAGAACCACUUCAAAUGUAUAACCUCAGGAUCCUAAGUGAUGUGUAAGGAUACAAGUUCAAUAUUUGCUGUGACUCCCUGGCCUACCUGAAGGCAUUGCCUCAUAUUUGAUACUAAUGAUGCGAAGACACCCAUGAACCUUAUCUGUGUCAUGUCUUCAGAAAGAAGUAUGAAUCUACAAAUUCCACUUGUAUUUGAGUUACACAUUGUCAAUGUGGAUUUUUGUUGUGGAACAUUAAUAAAAGAAAAAACAUCAGUGGGUCAGUCACAAAGACAUGGCACUGUUUUGGGUGUAAUAAGUUUGUGGUUUUGACAGUUAUAUUUUCUAAUUUUUUUUUUUGUAUGUAUUUGUUCAUAUUUUUAAAUUUUAUUCUUAAAUAUAGGUUUCCCAUUCGUUAUUUUUGUAAAGUGGCAAUGUUCAACAUCAACCAGAAGAUGGCAGUAAGACAUCAGAGUAGAGGUUUACCUUCUUGGCCAGCCCAAAGGCUUUGUGACUGUUUUACUGAUCAAAUUGCCUGCUGCCUUUUAGUAGCUUUCAAACUGCACUGUUUUUUUAGGUUAGGCAUAAUAUUGCCUAUUGCAUUUUUGCAAAUAGACAAAUAUGUAUUUAUAUUGAUAAAUGUCAUGACAUCUUGCUCUUGAAGUGUAUUUUAAAGUGAAAAUCAUUGUUCAUUGAAAGUACUUUUCAGUGCAAUGUUUGCAUUUGUCUUAAAACAUCCUGUAACACAGAUGAAGUGAGCAAGUGAAAAUGGGGAUCAUAAAUUAAUUACAUUGACCUGAA